AUGACAGCUCGGAUUGCCUCCUCUCUCGUGUUCGUUCCCCAGGCCUCUUAUUUCUCCGCCUUCCUCGCAGGCGUCAAGCGCUCAACAGGCCUUACCGUCAACUCAGACAAGAUUACCGAGAACAAAGAUAUCAAGAAAUGGGUCGAUAGCUAUCUCGGCGUUGGCGAGUGGGUGAUGGACCAGUCCGUGGCCGUCAUGGGCUCUUCCGCUUGGUUCGAACGACGACGGUGA